CGUUUACGACAUUCUUCUCUCUACUUUCAAAUACUGAAUAGAAUCCGUCCAAAUCCAGUGAACUUUUGAAUAUAGCAAUGUCUUCCUUUGAGGAGAAAUUCGAGCAAGCGGUUAAAGAUGGCGUCUUCCCAGGCGCCAUCCUCAUGGCAAGAGAUGUAUCCGGAAAACUCGACUAUGCAAAAGUAUUUGGCUCUCUCUCCAUGGACAAGGAUGCUCAGCCUCUUCAACUUGACAGCAUCCUCUUCCUAGCCUCGAUGACAAAACUCCUCACCUCUAUAGCAGCAAUGCAAUGUGUAGAGCGUGGUCUUAUUUCCCUGGACACCGAUGUAGGAGAUUUGAUCCCAUCGCUCGCCGCCCAACCAAUCCUACAUGGCUUUGACGCAAACGAUAAACCCAUCUUGAGCAAACGCAAAAACGCAAUCAAAUUCGUGCAUCUACUCACUCAUUCCGCGGGAACCAGCUACGAUAAAAUGGUUCCAAUGCUAGAAAAAUACAGAACUCAAAUCGGACAACCGGAAAACAGAGCCACGAUGGAAAAUAAAUGUGUCUAUCCACUGUUGUUUGAACCGGGUACUCAUUGGAGCUAUGGAACCGGCACAGAUUGGACGGGUAAAAUCAUCGAACUCCUCACAGGAAAAACAUUACAACAAUACAUGGAUGAAAACAUUUUUACUCCUCUGGGCAUCUCACGUAUUCAAUUCACCCCGUACGUCACUGAAGAGAUGAAAGUCCAAGCAGCUUCCAUCGCCCUUAGGAUCCCAGAUGGAAAGUUGGUAAACCUACCCAGAAGCAAAAACAUAGACUUUGGAGAUCUGGAAUGUUUCGGCGGUCAUGGAGGUUAUGCCGACUUGACGAAUUACUUCAAAAUCCUAGAAUCCCUUCUCUUGGACGAUGGGAAAUUACUUUCUCCCUCUAGCACCGCAAUUUUUUUCUCACCACACCUGUCAACACCUUCUCGAAAGGCUAUAAAUACCAUUUUCGCACAGCCAGAAAUCUCUGCUGUAUUCGUGGGAAGUUUCCCGGAAAGUGUAGAAUAUGAUUGGGGGAUUGGGGGUGUGGUGUUGAGGGAAAAUGGCGAGAAGAGGGGAAAAGGUACAAUGGCUUGGAGUGGGAUGCCGAAUUUGUUUUGGUGGGUUGAUAGGGAAAAGGGUGUAUGUGGACUUUUUGGUACGCAGGUUUAUCCGCCUGGGGAUGGGAAGGUUGGGGAAAUGAUUGAUCUUUUUGAGAGGGAGGUUUAUGAAAGGGUUGAGGGUGGAGGUGGUGGGGCGAAGUUGUAAGAGAUACAUGCAUGUAUGAUGAGAAGAUCACGUCGAAUAGAUACGAAAGAUCUACAUGCUUCUGUGAGUGAGAUGGUUGAUUCGACAUGCAAAAUUUUUCUUAUGUGGAAGCACAACGUACUAUUCCUUCUUUCCUCAAUAGCAGUCCACUGACACAAUAGCAGCACUACUCCAUGGAACCUCCACCUUGACAAUCCCCUGCCCAUCGACUUUCACCCCCUCUCCCCUAGUAACAUUAUGCAACCUCACAGCCUUUCCCAUAUUCAAUUCAUAAUUAUAACUAUUUCCAUCCCAAGUGAUCCCACUCAGAGCAUCACUACCAUUAGCCAACAACCUCUGCACCACACCACCUUUACAUCCACUCGGAAGAGAAAAUUCAUAGCUCUCGACCGG